GUUGCUGAAGAGUUAAGCUCAGUCACUGGAGUUCUACUUUCAACUAUAUAUAUGCAGUUAAUACUCGCAAAUUUUUGUACUUCUAUAUAAAAGUGUUUUUUUUGUGUAAAACUGUGAUUUUCGUGAGAAUUUAGAUAUUUAAAAUAAGUAAAAAUGGUAUGUUUGUUACAUACAGUUAUUAUGUGAUGAAAAUAUAAAUAAAACAGAAUUUUUGAGGAACAAAGAUAUAUUUCCUCAAAAUUAAUUUCUAAUCUGAAGAAAAUUGAGUUUUUUCUAAAAAUAAAUUUUAGAAAGUUGUGCAAUUUAAUUUAAUAAUUCGCAAGAAAAAAAACAAUUUUUUAUUGCCCUGGAUAUUUUAGCAAGUUUUGAUGUUUUCAAGUGUCCAGAUAACGAAUUUAUUCAUGAAAAUAUUGAAUGUGCUCUUGUUUUUUAUGAUUAUUGCAUAUUCUGAUCAAUUACCGGCUUGUUUGUAAAAAAAUAUUUUUCAAGUCAUGAUUGAGGUUCCACUCCCAGGCUUUUUACCGAAAUAUGCGAAAGGUGGAAGUGAAUAGAAGGGUGAAACAUCUACGCCAAAAUUAUUUUCUUAGCGAUUAAAUACAUAAUUAGGUAGUUGGGAAUGAUAAAGCAAUUUUUCAACGUGGCGAACGUGGAAGGAUAUUGUUUAAAGUCAUUUGUUGAAAAUUUCCAAAGCUAAACAUCAUAUACUGAUAAAGGACCCAAGCCGCUUUUUGGUAAAUUUCUUAGUUUCGAUCAUUUGACCUUCUUCGUGGGUAAUGCCAAACAGGCUGCCAGUUUCUACACAACACGUUUCGGCUUCACGCAUGUAGGCUAUCGUGGCUUAGAGACAGGGCAUCGUCGUCUAGCCCAACAUGCGGUCAAACAGAAUCGUAUCAUCUUCGUUUUUGUAUCUGCCUACAAUGUCGAUGAUGCUGAACAUGGUCAACAUCUAAUGAAACACGGUGAUGGUGUAAAGGAUGUGGCAUUUGAGGUAGAAAAUUUAGAAGCGAUUUUCAAAUACGCAAAGGAACGCGGUGCUGAAGUAGUACGCGAAAUUUGGGAGGAGAAGGAUGAAUAUGGUGUCGUGCGCUUUGCUACUAUAAAAACAUAUGGCGACACAACACACACCUUUGUCGAUCGCACUAAAUAUAGCGGUAAAUUUUUACCCGGCUUUGUAACACCGCCCGUCGACAAUCUUCUACAAGGUUUGCCAUCCACCAAACUCGAUUUUAUCGACCACGUUGUGGGUAAUCAACCUGACUUACAAAUGGAGAGUGUUGCCGCUUGGUACGAACGUGUUUUGCAAUUUCAUCGUUUCUGGUCAGUGGAUGAUUCGCAAAUACACACUGACUACUCAGCCUUACGUUCAAUUGUAAUGGCCAAUUACCAGGAGAAUGUUAAGAUGCCCAUCAAUGAGCCGGCCAAGGGUAAGAAGAAGUCACAGAUUCAGGAGUAUGUGGAGUACUAUGGUGGCGCUGGAGUGCAACAUAUUGCGCUCAAUACCAGCGAUAUUAUAACGGCAGUGCGUAAUUUACGCGCUCGUGGUUUAGAAUUUCUCACAAUACCUAGUUCGUACUAUGAUAUUUUGGAGGAAAACUUAAAAAGCAGUCGCACCAAAAUCAAGGAAGACAUGCAACUGCUUAAGGAAUUGAAUAUUUUAAUCGAUUAUGACGAUAAUGGAUAUCUGUUGCAAAUAUUCUCGAAAAAUCUGCAAGAUAGACCCACACUAUUCAUUGAAGUCAUUCAGCGACACAAUCACAAUGGUUUCGGUGCCGGCAACUUUAAGUCACUCUUCACAGCUAUCGAAAUCGAACAGGCAAAACGUGGCAACUUAUAGAACUCAUAUGGGAAUUUAAAUUCCAAAAAUAUAUACAUACAUACAUUCAAUUACAAAGUUAGUAAAAACGUAUAUUAUAAGUCAUUAACAAUACAAUAAUAAAAAUAAUAAUAUUAAAACUACCU